AUGUUCUCGAGCUGCUUCGCCGUUGUUCGUACCGAGGUGCUGACGGCCGUGGAGAACGCGCGGCUGGCGCUGCAGCUGCUGCGGUCGGCGAGCGACACGAUAGAUUUGAUUCUGGCGGAGGUGGAGCUGCCGAACGGCAAGGGGUACAAGAUGCUCAAAAUCAUCAUGCGUGAGGAGCGCCUCAAAAACAUCCCCAUCGUCAUGAUGUCGACGCGCGACGAGAUGGCGAUCGUCGUCAAGUGUCUGCGCCUCGGCGCGGCGGAUUUCCUCGUGAAGCCGCUGCGCACCAACGAGCUGCUCAACCUCUGGACGCACAUGUGGCGCCGCCGCCGAUCCGUGGGGUUGGGGGAGGCUCCGCGGCACAUGAUGGCGGUGAGCGCAAGCGAGGUGGCGCACGACCUAGUAUUCGUGGAUACGAGCGAGUCGAACACGGGUACCGGCAGCACUGACCUCUUCUCCGAAGAGACGGACGAUAAAAGGCGUAGCAGCGUGCAGCAGCAGCAGCAGCAGCAGCUUCAGCAGCAGCAGGAGCAGCAGCAGCAGUUGCAUGAGUUGGAGCAGCAGCAGGAGCAGGUGCAGGCGCAGAGGCGGCAGCAGCAGGUGCGGCAGGAGCAGCAGCAGCAGGAGCAGCAGCAGCAGGAGCAGCAGCAGCAGGAGCAGCAGAAGCAGCAAGACCUGGUGCGGAAAGUAGCGGAGGAGGAUGGAGAAGAAAGGAAGGAGGCGGGGCGGAACAAGAGACAAGCAACGGACACGUGGGGAGUGGGGAGGGACGACAAAUGGCGGAACAGCGCUGCGCAAGUGGCGGAGCAGGGGGAGGAGGGGAAAGAGGUGCAGGAAGGGGAGGAGGAGGAGAUGAUACUAGAGCGGCAGGAACGAGAGGAGGCGGAGGAGGGCCGGCAGCAGCGACGCGAGCUCAUGCUGCUCGAAACGCGCGACUCGCCCGGAGCGGGAGAAGCGGGAGGGGAGGAAAGGGAGGAGAGGGAAGACAGCGACGCGGAUGAGCUGCCGUUGAAGCGGCGCCACGUGGCGCCGCAGGGAGGACGGGGCGCGGCGGGAGGAGGUGGCGGAGUGGCGCGCGCUGGAGCGCACGAGAGGAGGAGCAAGCUCGGCGCGCAGGACAGCGCGGAGCGGGAGGACCAGCCGCAGACAAUGCCUGCGCUAGAGCUCUCGCUCAUGCUGCCACGUGUCGCGCUGCCGUUGGACGAGCCAUGCGCGUCUGCGCGCCGUCUGCCGCCCGACCGAGGCCCCGUCGAAGCUCCAGACCCCGCUCGUCCGCCGCUCGAGCGCCCACGCCCCGCCGUGCCCCCGGCGGCGGCCGCCACUCUCCUCGCGCUCUGCACCUCCGCCGUGGCCGCCGUCGCGUCUGCGCCUCCGCGCGCCGCUACAACUGCCACUGUUGCGACAAAUGCGGCUACAGCUGCAGCGAGUGCAUCUGCAGCAGCAGGCCUUUCCUUGUCUUCCGCCAUUCCCCCCACCGCGCACCCCCUGCUCCCCCCGCCCCACCAAAUGCUGCUGCGCCGAGCAGUCUCCCACGAGCCAACCUCCGCGCCUCUCUUUUCCUCCGCGCGCCCUCCCUCCUCCCCCACCCGCGCAUCUGCGCUCCAGCCCUCUCCGCCCCUCCACGCCUCCCGCGCGCUCCCCACGCGCACCUCCCCCCAGCCGCCUGGCUCCGCGGCUGUUGCCACUCUGCUUCCGCCAUCGAGUCCCCUUCUGCCCUUCCGCAUCGCGCCCUCGCUCCCCUCUGCGCCAUCUGCGCCUUCCCUGCACUCCCCCGCGCACCACGCGCUCCCCUUGCGCACCAUCACCAUGCCUUUCCCCUCCUGGCCUGACCCAUCUGCUGCUGCCAUGCUUUUCAACCCCGCUUCUGCUGCUGACGCUGCUGCUGGGGGAGCGGCAGGCGGAAUGGGAGGAGCAGGAGGGAUGGGAGGUUUGGGGGGAAUGGGAGGGAUGGGGGGAAUGGGGGGAAUGGGGCCAAUGGGAGGAAUUGGGGGAAUGGGAGGAGGGGUGGUGAGCGCAGUGGGAGGGGGGGGGACGAGUGCAGGCGGGGGUGGGUUGUUGGAGAGGCGAGUGGAGGGAUAUGAGCGGCGGGAGGCUGCUCUGAACAAGUUCAGGCAGAAGCGCAAGGAGCGGUGCUUUGAGAAGAAGAUUCGGUACGUGAGCAGAAAGAGACUUGCGGAGAUGCGACCGCGGGUGAAAGGGCAGUUUGUGCGGAAGAAGACGGCGGGGAAAGGGCACGGUGGGCAGCAGGAGAGCGAGGAGGAGGAGGAGGAGGAGGAGGAGGAUGAGGAGGAAGAGGAGGAGGGAGGAAAUGAGUAG